AUGGCCAUCUCAGCAAGUGGGCUCAUCACACUCCUUGUGUUGGUCUUCCUGGGCCCUGUCAUCUACUUAGUUCGCUACAUAGUGCUUCGCAAGCCCGUUGAGGUUCAGGUGACCAAAGGAGACGAUGGACAAGAGCACAUGAGCACCACUGCCUAUCUUUUUGCCUUACUAGGCUAUGCCAUCGGCAUCGGGAAUGUCUGGCGCUUCCCCUACGUCAUCAGCAAGAAUGGGGGUGCAGCUGCUGUCAUCGCCUACGUAGUUUGUGCCGUCCUGGUGGCCUGGCCUCUCUUCAUCUAUGAGAUGAUCCUGGGACAGUAUGUGCGCAAGACCUUUGUCGAGACAUGGACUUUCAUCCGCCCGCGGUGGCUAUCUUUUGGUUGGGCUCAAUUCCUCAUGCUCUUCAUCGUGCAAACUUAUUUUUCGGUCAUCAUCACUUACACCUUACCUUACAUUGCCGCCAGCUGUGAAGAGCCGUUGCCUUGGACCGCGACCUCAUCGGCGGAGUUCUGGUCCGAUACAAUCUUGAACAGCUACCCGGACCUGAGCAGCAAGCCUCCCGGCUUAGGGCCUAUCCAAUGGCGUUUGGCCAUUUCCCUCUUGGUCUUCUGGGUGAUCACCUUUCUUUCCGUCGCUUUCGGCAAGAACAUCCUCGCUCAAAUCACCUAUGUCACGGUGAUCAUGCCUGUUAUGUUGAUGGUCAUUCUCGUGGUGGUGGCUGCACAACAGAAUGGGGCCUUUGAUGGAGUCAAGUACUACAUUGGCAAGUUUGAAGCAUCGCAGCUUGCGCGACUGGAUGUGUGGGCCACGGCAUUGGGACAGAUCCUUUUCAGCUUGUCUCCUGGCUUUGGAACCGCUAUCACUUACUCAAGCUUCGUGAAGCCCAAAGAAGACGUUUACCGUGCAGGGCUCAUUGUCGCCGUUGCAAACUCCGCAUUCUCGUUGUUGGGAGGGUUCGCAGUUUUCUCCAUGGUGGGCCACCUAGCCCACGACAAGGGCGUCCCUGUCGAAGAUGUCGCUACUAAAAGUGGCACUGGCCUGGCCUUCAUCAUCAUCUCUGAGGCGAUGACCCUAUUCGGCGACUUUCAGAACAUCAUGUCCGUCUUGUUCUUCGUCAUGCUGUUUACUUUAGGUCUUGACUCGUCUUAUGCUUGGACUGAAACUAUUGUCAGUUCUGUGGAUGAAGUCUUACGGCAGAAUGGGUAUAAGAGACCCAUCUGGCAAACCUCCUUGGUGCUUUGUACCAUCAUGUUCCUGCUUGGCUUAGUCUUCACAACGCGAUUGGGUAAUAACCUCUUGGAUGUCAUCGACAUGUUCGUUGGCACAAUAUUCCUCCUGGCUGUGUGUUUCGUCGAGUCCCUCAUCUUGAACUUUGAUGUCGGGUGGCAGCGCCUCUCGUAUUCCCUAAAGGCUGCGACAGUUGGGAAUAGACUGACUCCGAACGGUCGGAAUCUCUUCCCCCGCUGGCUUUGUCGAACUGAUCUUCACCUGACCGUUCCCCUGGCAACCAGCUUUCUAUGCAUCUACCAGAUCAACUAUGUGGCUCGGGAACAGUAUGGGGGAUACCCCACGAGUCUUGUGGCAUGGGGAUGGGCCCUAUUAGCUGCCUGUGUGGCUGUCAUGUGUGUUACAAUCUGGAAGUGCGACAGAGGCUCCCUCCCUGCAAUCGAAGAAGAUCUGCGCUUCAAGGCUGUCCUUCAAAUGGACGACGAGAGCAGUAGCAGCAGCGAAGUCCCACCGAGCUCAUGCUGA